GGGCGCUGGUAACUAGAAGAAGACAUUCAAGAUGGCGGCCGGAGUUUCACUAAAUAAAAACAUCUCUUCUGUCUGGCAAAAAAUCCUUACUACAGUCAAUAAUGCCUUGGUAUAUAUGGAUAACCCUGCUGCUGAGAUGUUACAUUGGUCUGGGAAUGUCAAAAAUAUGGUGGAAGCUGGGGCUUUGGCUAUAAUUGAUUUGUCGUCGAAAAGGUCUGGAAACGAAUCAGAGACAAAAGCUGUGUUCAUUGUAACAUCAGUAGUACAUGGACAAACCUUGAAAGACAUAAGUACCAUCAUCCAAAGUAGUGACUUCCAACACUGUACAUUGCUAUGUACUGUUCCUGAGACUGUAAACUCUUUUGUAAAACAUAAUGAUAAUAUGGAAGGAUCGGUUUUUGGUGAGCUCUCUCUUAAAAUGAGAGAAUGGAUGGGAAAUCCUUAUUCCACUGUGGACAUCCAUCAUGUGGCUCUCUUUGCAUCACAACUUUAUCCAGGGUUAUUUUUUACUCCAGCUUUUGCUCAUUUUUUCCCAAUAUUGCCCUGUGAUACCUCAAGAUUGCAAGGAUUUCUUCGCUCUACAGUUGGAGAUAAAAGCCAUGUUUUCAAUUGCUUGAGUGAAGUUGAGAUGGGACUGCUACCACACAAUCUUCAGGUCAAAAUAAAGAUGUUUGCAGCAGGUCUUAGCAGCAUGUUCGAAAUAAUGGACAUUAAUGAAGAUUGCUAUGGAUUAGGUUACAUCAGUAAGCUGGUAGCCAGCGAACUGGCAAAUAUGCCAUCAGCUAGAGGAAGAAGAAAGACAGCAAGUAGACGUGCAUCUCUAGUUUUGAUUGACAGGACACUAGAUCUGGUGGGGCCCUGUGUACACACUGGUGAUACUCUUGCGGACAAAAUCAUAAACCUGUUACCUAGGUUACCAUAUCAUGAGGUGGAUGUUGCCGUGGAUAUGGCUAGACUAUGUGCAAGUGGAAGUGUAACACCAGAUACAGUAGUUCCUGGAUCGUUAGCCCACGCCAAUGACCCAGUGGCGCAGGUUCUAUUGAACUCUCUCUUUACUAAAAGACAAAAGGAGGGCUUGAAAGAUAUCUCACGCCACCUGAUUGAUGCCGUCAGUAAGGAAUCCUUGCCCUUGGAAACCAAGGGAUUACCAAGUAAAGUUACUCCAGAACAUCUACAAACUCUUGCAGAACAGUUCAGAGGUCAACCAAAGGCAUUCCAUAAGCACAGUGCCCUACUCCAGAUUACAAUGGCAACCAUAAAUGCGCUUCAGCAUAAAGAUUCUAAAAGUUUGCAGAAAUUACAGGCCAUUGAAAAGAUUCUUCUUUCAAGUGCACUGACAGAGGAUAGUCAUAAUGUUAUCCAAGAGAUACUCGCUCUCUUAGAAACUCCCAAAGAAGAUAAUUCUUACAGUCUAGAAGAUAUCAUGUUACUUUUAACAUUUGUGUUUUCACUGAUGGGAGAUGAAUUUUAUGAAUCACCUGCAGAAAUAGAAAAACUAAAGGUAAUGAGAUUACAGAAAAAACCUCCAGACGAAAAGUAUCUGAUGCUUUUGAAAAGCUCAGCGGAGUUGGAAUCGCCAGAGAAGAACUCAAGCAGCAUAGGAGCUUAUAUCAAGACGAAACAGCUUUAGAGGAAGCAUCUUACAAUCCUUUAGUAAAACAAAUCAUUGAUGCCAUAUUCAGUGAUGAUAAACCAGAAUUAAUUGACAUCGAGUUUAAAUCCCAUGGUCUUAAGGACUACAUCAAGACAGGUUUCAGUCUUUUCAUGAACGUCAGUAAACCAAGACCAAAUGGGCUACCUUUUCUGGUGUUGUUUGUUAUUGGUGGAAUCACUUGCUCUGAGGUGCAACAGAUAAGAGAGGCUCUGGCAGCACACAGGUGUAACAUACAGGUCAUCAUUGGUAGUACACAGAUACUAAAGCCUGGUGACAUAUUUCAAAGGGUUUUUUGCCAAGAAAACUUAUUCCCCCCCUUAACUAAUGAGGAGUACACUACCUAAUAAGGAGAUGUGCACUUUAUGACAUCUAAGGGUUGCUUUGGCCCGUUUUCCGAUGUCGACAAAAUUGUAGCGGGCUAUGCUAUUUUGAGAAAGUGUUUGGGGGUUAUUGUAUAUUGAGGGGGGUUGAGAUCUAUUUCAGGGUAAUGAAAGGGAGUUUAUGCAAUUGUUGCCUCUACCAUGGAGGGUGUAGGGUUAUGUUUGUAAAGCUUGCCAUAUGAUUUUGCCAUCCCCCCCCCCCCCACCCAUGUGCAAAUAAAUAAAAGCCCCCCUAGAUGCAGCAUAUCUAAACCAUGAAAGAAAAAUCUUUAAAAAUCUUUAUGUCCUUAAAAAAAAUGGUAUUAAUGGCCUUUAUGAAAAACCUGUCAUAAAUUUGAUAACUUGAAAUAUAUAUAUUUAUAUACCCUCCUCAUUAGGAACAAAGUUAACUUUGUUAGGAACCACCUUUGUGCUAACACUCAAUACUAAAUACAUUAAAUUUUAUAACUAGAUUUCCUUAAUAUUAUAGAAUUACCACAAAUAGAUACUUUAUAGACAGACUAUUUAUUUACUGGGUUUCAUCGAUUACAUUGUAGAUAGUAGAUAUUAAUUUAUAGGUAACUGUUAAUACUUUCAACAAGGUUUAACAUUUAGUAAGUAUUUUUGGAUUAAGAAUCUAGGACAAGACAUGAACAAGGGCAUCUCAUUUCUUGGCAUUCCUGGCUGCAGCAGCUUGAGCCCUUGCAGGGAACGACCCGCUUUGGACUUGACCACCAUGUUGCUUGGCAUUCGAGGACUGUAUGCGUGAAGCAGCUGCUUGUGUCAUUGGGGUGUGAGAUUUUCCACUGCCUUGACUUCCUUUGGGGUCCAUUGUUCUUCUAAAAAGACAAACACAUA